UAAAUUUCGCGGCUGCGCGCUGACGGUCAGCUGACAAACGUUUGCUGCUUCAGUUGGUGCGGCAGUGAUAUUAAACACCUGCGCGAAUUGUCGCCAUCGGCGCUCUUUCCCUGCGCGAUGAGUACUGGUACCCCCAGAUCACUGCCCUCAUCCGGGCAGAAAUCCCUCCAGGACAUCUGCCACCCGCUGUCCGCGGAGGAGUCUGCGCGGAGCUGCAGCCCUGAUACACUGAACACCAGCAACCCAGGAGAGAAGGACCGGAGCCUGCCCAAUGGUACACCAGUAGACACGGCAAGCCCUGCCUCCUCUUCUUCACUAUUAAACCGACUGCAGCUGGAUGAUGAUUUGGACGGAGAGACACGUGACUUGUUUGUGACUGUAGAUGACCCCAAGAAACAUGUGUCCACUAUGGAGACAUACAUCACCUACAGAGUGUGCACAAAGACCACCAGAACAGAGUUUGACUUUUCCGAGUAUUCGGUAAGGCGACGGUAUCAGGACUUCGACUGGCUAAGAAACAGGCUAGAGGACAGUCAACCCACCCACCUUAUUCCACCCCUACCGGAAAAGUUCGUUAUGAAGGGAGUUGUGGACCGGUUUUCAGAGGAGUUUGUGGAGACCAGAAGGAAGGCACUGGACAAGUUCCUCAAACGUGUAGCAGACCAUCCGGUCCUUUCUUUCAAUGAACACUUCAAUGCAUUUCUCUCAGCAAAGGACUUGAAUAAACGUCAGGGCCUGGCUCUGCUGACUAAAAUGGGGGAAUCCGUGAAAUAUGUGACAGGUGGUUAUAAACUGAGGGGGCGGCCGAUGGAGUUUGCAGCUAUGGGCGAGUAUCUGGACAUAUUCACACAGAAGCUGGGCACCAUUGAUAGGAUAGCACAGAGAAUUAUCAAGGAGCAAUCAGAGUACCUAAUGGAACUGAGGGAGUACAGUCCUGUCUACACCUCCUGGACAUCUUUUGAGGAGGACCUCCAUGAACCUCUGGAAGGUGUGGCUGGGUGUGUGUCGAACUGCACCAGCGCACUGGAUGAACUCACUGAGGACAUGAGCGAAGACUUCCUACCUGUGCUUAAAGAAUACGUCCUCUAUAUUGAGUCUAUGAAGAAUGUUCUUAAAAAACGAGAUCAGGUCCAAGCUGAAUAUGAAACAAAACUGGAGGCAGUUGUGUUCAGAGAGGACAAAAAGACACCGGUGCCUACUGAUGUGGAGAAAUGUCAGGAUCGCGUGGAGUGCUUCAAUGCCGACCUGAAGGCUGACUGGGACCGCUGGCAGAACAACAAACGACAAGACUUCAGACAGCUGCUGACGGGCAUGGCCAACAAAAACAUCCAGUACUAUGAGAAGUGCCUUGCAGCGUGGGAGUCCCUGAUUCCGUUGUUACAAGACAAACAGGAAGCAAAAGGUGAAACGAACUGAGCAUGUAUUUCAAUCUGUUCUCUCUGCAAGUGCUGAGGCUAAGAAGUCAUGACCAUGCCCUUGGACAUUUACCACGUUGAAGGGCAUUUACCAAGGAUGGGACGCUAUUGGGGUGGACAGGCUACAAGAAUUCCAUUUUGUAAAUUGUCGCUAUUUGUGAAAUCCCACCCACCUCUUGUUCUGGCUGUUUCUGGAAGGACAAUAUAUACAUUUUUUCUCAUCUUCAUCCUGGGCUGGAACAGCAGAAUCAUGGUUCUGGGAACUCUUAACUGUUUGCAGCGUGGAAAGGAACACUAGAGCUCGGGAAUUUUGUCGUUUUUAGCAAAAUGUUUGCCAAUAAUCCUUUUGUAAAUGCUUGUUUCAAUGCUGCAUGUUUCAAAGGAACAAAAAUGUCAGUGUUUUUUUUUUUUUUUGAGAAUUGUUGAAGAUUGUGCAGAAGGUUUGCCAACAUUCCUCUCGCCAAAGAUGUAAAACUGAAGUUCAAAGUUUCCACAUCUGCUUUUUUCUGAUCAAUCCUCGCACAUGGGCUAUAUGCACGUGUUACUUCCGCUUUUCACAGGAAGAACCCAUGGCAGUUUCCGGUUGGGGAGACCAGAGAGAAAUGGGAAACUGAGAAAAUAGUUCAAUUUAGCAGAUGCUUUACAUUGCGGCACACCGCAGUGGUAUAUAGAAAUGCUGUUCUACCGUAUUUUAAAUGAUACUUUCAUAAGUUUACAUGUCGUUAUAACAUUCAAAUACGGUAGAACGCCACUUCUAUACGGUAUACCACUGCGGUGUGCCGCAAUGUACAGCAUCUGCAAAAUUAAACUAUUUUCUCAGUUUCCCAUUUCUCUCUGCAGUUUCCAGUUGGGGAGACUUGAAGCAGAGGGUUCUUGCGUUAAACGCGGAAGUCGCACGUGCAUAGAGCCCAUUGGCAUCACACUUGCCUAAAAUGGCAGCUCCCUUAUUACAUUCUGAAUUAAGGUCACGAAGUUGAAAUGAAGGAUGUUUGCUAGAUAUACUUGACCUCAUUAAAUAUUUAUGAUAAAAUGUGUAUAGUAAUGGUUUGUACAGUACUCGUCUUAAUGGGACUAGUGUGAUUUGGUUUGAGGAAAUUGUAGCGUCAACAGAAACUCAGGGGGGGAUUGAUCACCUCUUUAAAUCCAAAAUUAGAGAUGUUUAUGGUAAAUGUUACUUGAAAGCAUUUGAUACAGAAUGUCUGUUGACCCCUACUGGCACAUUAAAACAUUUAUAUUUUAGUGUUUUAUAAAGAAAAUCUUCAUUUAUUCAUCCUAAUUCCAAACUUUUAGGAAUGUCUCAUUAGAGCAUAAGAAAAAUGCAGAAUGUCCAAGCUGACCUUUUCUGAAAGUGAGGAAGCGUUUAUGCCAUCAAACUGCAAAAUUACUUGACAGCAGUCCAUAAAAGCUAUUUGCUAAUUAAUAGAAGGUAAUUUGAUCUUUAUAAAAACAAUUAGACAUACAGGAGACAUUGUGAAUGUGCAGGUUUGGAAGAUACUGGACAUUAUGGCUGUGCAUUGUUUGUACAUUGCACAAUCUUUAAUGUAAAAAACAAUAUACAGUAGAUGAAUAUAAACAUGGACCAAAAAUGCAUUAAAAUAAAAUUGUAUAUUCUGUGACUCGAUCAAAUUUGAAAUGGACAAAGUACCUGACAAACAAAAAUGAUUAAAAUGUAAAACAUACAAAUAGAGCAUUUACUUAAUUGUGCCUUUCAGCUGCCAUCUGUGUGCAGCACAAGACCCACUUUCACUGAAUGAAAAAGAGCAAACUGAACAUUCUGCAUAAAUUCGUUAUGGAUAUUUUGUGUUAAAGAUCACAAUAAGUAAACAAUGAUAGCAUUUUCUAUUCGAAUAAUUGCCAAACCAAACAAGGGUCAUUGUUUUCAUUUUCUUGACGUCUAUAUAUUAGAUAUAGAUGAACACUAUUUUGUCAUUUUAGGUGAGUUAUCCAAUCAUUAUAAAUUAUGUCCAGUUUAAUAGACCAGGAAGAAAGAAGGCUAUUAUUUCUUGCCUUGUGGUGUUUCCCAUAGCACCAGGAUAACUGCAGAGCACAGAUUGGAAAUGUGAUGCCACAUGGUGGUAGGUCUAGUUACUGCAGCAGCAGCAUUGUUUCUUAAAACAAUAUGUGACCCAGUCUGUAAAAACCAGGCUAAAGUCUCAAAAUCUAAUUAUGAGAUAGCGAGCAUCAAAGUUUGAUUUCAACUAUUAAUUUCACUAUACUAUUUCAAUCUUUGACAUGGGCUCACUCGUCAGUAUCAUUUUUAUUAUUUCAAUAUUAAAGAUAUCAAGUAAACAUUUUUGCAGAAAUGUUCUUUACAUUACGUAGAAGACGGUAAAUCACAAUAAAGACUUUCAUUUCAGACUGGGUCACAAAUGGUACCAUUUCAGAAAACAGGAAAACAUGUUGACAUUAGCAUAUUAAGUAAGUCUGUAUUUGACUUUUCAAUGAAUAACAAGUUUUAUUUACUGAAGUCACAUUGGCUUUAAGUUUCGUCUGUCAAACACAUUGCAUAUUUCUCUAACAUUUUAUUUGAUGCAUUUAUUUUACUAAAUCAUGUAUAUCACGUUUUGUUGUUGUGAUGCAUGUUCUUCUGUAUAAAAUGUAAAAUACUGUUUAUAUUGAAACUAAUUAAAUUGAGUUUACAUAUGUGUUGACAGAAACUUUGCAGAAAAUAAGUGCCCAAUGCCAUGUUUUAUUUUGUAUUAUUUAGCCCCGGUUUCACAGACAAGGGGCCCGUUUCAGAAAGGAGGAUUAGUGAAAACUCUGAGUAUAUUAACCCUGAAAUGAGGGAAACUCUGGGUUAUCCGUUUCAGAAUGUGAGGUAUGUCAAACCCGAGAAAGCGGGGUAACUCAAGCUCGUUUCUAGAGGAGAGGUAACUUAUACUCCGAGUCAGUAACCAUAGUAACUUAAUCUAUAAACCUAACCUGGACGGGAGCAGGUUUUCUUAGGUAAACCCAGAGUUUAUUUCGAUCUCCUCCCCCUUUUAAAGUGCAAGUGGUGUACCUCAUUCAUUCAUUCAUUAAUACAGUCAUUCAUGGCACACAUUUUGAUCACACAGAGACCAUCUCAGUGACUUAUAUGUCAUAUGUGCUUUUAUAGAGGAUUCAUAAGGAGGCUGCAUUAAUUCAUUGGAAUACUUUGAUUUCAGGAGAGCAAUUUAGGAACCGAGUGGAAUUUUGUCAUUUCCCUGUGCAUUUUUAUUAAAACUGUACCGUUUUGAGUGAAUUAGAUAUAUCAAAAUAUAUUUCAUACAUCCUUACAUCAAUGACAUCAGCCUUUUCAGGUUUUGUAAACCGUCCCCUCAGUUUUUGAAAUCUGUACCCACAAACAGUGUUGGGUGUAACUAGUUACUAAGUAAUUAGUUACUGUAAUUUAAUUACUUUUCCCUUGAAAAAGUAAAGUAAGGGAUUACUCUUAUUUUUCUGUAAUUUUAUUAGUUACUUUUGAUUUAAUUAAACUAAAUACUUUGUGUAAUAUGUGUGUGCAAUAGUGGAAUUGACAUCAAAAUUCAAAGUCUAACUUUAAAAUCUGUGCUUUAAUGUAUAAUUCUCACAUUUGUAAUACUUUGGUCAGCAGAGGUGGGUAGAGUAGCCAAAAUCUUUACUCAAGUAAAAGUACAAGUAACUUGAGAAAUUGUUACUCAAGUAAAAGUCACUAUUUUAAAAUUUACUUGAGUAAAAGUAAAAAAGUAUGCAAUGAAAAAACUACUCAAGUAGCUAGUUACUUAGUUACUUUGUAUCUGAUUAUAUAGGCUACUACAUAAAAUUAAUA